UUGGGUGGUGGAGAGCAUAAGAAUGAUGGAAGGACCAUCAUAUAUCUUGCCGGACCCUUCUUUCUGUCUCUCCCCUCCUUUGGUUAAUAUCAUAACGUAGGGUCCAGUUUGUCCUUGCCAAUUUGCUUACACAUCAAACCGUCCGACGACCGGUUGAGCUGGCGGCAAGAACACGCGAUGCGUCUUCCCGCUACCACUAUCCUCGUGCUGGCCGCCAUCCUUGGGGACCUCGCGGUGGCCGUUCCCAUUCAGGACAGCCCAAGACAGCGGCUUCUGGACGGCAAACCGCUGCCGGCCAAGUACCGCAAGAACCCACCCCCGCCAUACACGCCUGAACACCGAGACCCCUACGAUAGUGCCGUGGACGCCAUUGGAGAGAAACUCGACCCCUUGCCGUACCGCAAUGGUGACGGAGCCUCUGUCCUGGGCCCUUGGAACCGGGAGCGGGCCCGUCAGAACCCGGAUAUCGUGCGGCCGCCGUCGACGGACCACGGCGACAUGCUGAACCUGAGAUGGAGCUUUGCCGACUCCCACAUAAGGAUCGAGGAAGGAGGCUGGACCCGGCAGACCACGGUCCGCGAGCUGCCCGCCAGCGUGGAGCUCGCGGGCGUCAACAUGCGGCUGGACGAGGGAGUCAUCCGAGAGCUGCACUGGCACAAGGAGGCCGAGUGGGGCUACGUGCUCGCGGGCCACGUGCGCGUGACGGCCAUCGACUACGAGGGCGGCACCUUCAUGGACGACCUCGCCAAGGGCGACCUGUGGUACUUCCCGCCCGGGGUGCCGCACUCGCUGCAGGGCCUCGGCGCCAACGGGACCGAGUUCCUCCUCAUAUUCGACUCGGGCGACUUCUCGGAGGAGUCGACUUUCCUGCUGACCGACUGGCUUGCCCACACCCCGCGGUCCGUCCUGUCCAAGAACUUCCACCUGCCGCCCGAGAUCUUCGCCCACGUUCCCGCGGCGGAACGCUACAUCUUCCAGGGAUCCCGCCCGUCCGACUCGCUGCGGGACGAGUUCCCCGCCGGGCGGCACGUCAAGAAGUCGAGGCAGCAGUUCACGCACCGGCUGCUGGCGCAGCCGCCCAAGAACACGACGGGCGGGCGGGUGCGCGUGGUCGACAGCGCGACCAACUUUCCCGUGUCCAAGACGGUGGCGGCGGCGCACGUCGUCAUCGAGCCCGGCGCGCUGCGCGAGAUGCACUGGCACCCCAACGCCGACGAGUGGUCGCUCUUCCUGCGGGGGCGCGCCCGCGUCACCGUCUUCGGCGCCGAGGGCAGCGCCCGCACCUUCGACUACCAGCCCGGCGACGUCGGCAUCGUGCCCAAGAACAUGGGCCACUUCGUCGAGAACGUGGGCGACGAAGAGGUCGAGAUGCUCGAGAUCUUCCGCGCCAGCGAGUUCCGCGACUUCUCGCUCUUCCAGUGGCUCGGCGAGACGCCCCGGCGCAUGGUGGCCGACACCCUGUUCCAGGGCGACAAGGAGGCCGGGGAGAGGUUCCUCAAGGAGAUUAAGGAUGCCAAAAAGGACGAAGUCACCAUGCCACCCGCUGACGAUGAUGACAAGGAUCCCGGGUCCAUGUGGGAUGAUUUGUAAAGAUAAUAUGGUUCGGAAUAGUCAUAAUCUUUAAGAGGGUGAACAGCGAUGACUGGUAGGCCAAAUGAGCGAGGAGAGAGAGUAAUCCUGAAUGAAUCAAGUCGACGACCCAAAAAAAAAA